AUGGAUUUUAUUAGAACUCCAUUAUGGAGAUCUGCACCAAUGCAGAUGGUUCAACUGUUUGUUCAAAUUGAAGCAGCACACGACACUGUCGAUGAACUCGGUAAACUUGGAUUGAUUCAAUUCAAGGAUCACAACGAACACGUUAACAUCUUCCAACGUUACUUUGUUAACGAAGUCAAGCGUUGCGAUGAGAUGGACAGAAAGCUAAAGUACUUUGAAGAGCAAAUCAACAAGGACACCAAGCUCGCUCGUAUCCUGGACAACUCUGUCACUGACAGCGUCACCGAAGACCAACUCCAAAUGGACGAGUUGGAAUCACGUUUCGACGAACUCGAAGCCGAGUUGAGACAAGUCAACACCAACCAAGAGACACUCCAAAGAAACUACAACGAGUUGAUCGAACUCCGUCAUGUAUUGACCAAGGAUGCCGUCUUUUUCCAAGAGAAUCCAAACUUGAGCGAGGGAAUGAACGACAGCACUGCUCGUAGUCCAUUGCUCAGCGACGAUGCCGUUGCCGAUGUCGGUAAGCAAGGUGUCAAGCUCGGUUUCAUCACUGGUGUCAUGAACACCGAUAAGAUGCCACAAUUCCAACGUUCAUUGUGGAGAACCACCCGUGGUAACAACUUUGUCCGUGAUGCUCGUAUCGAAGAGGAGAUCAUCGAUCCACAAACCGGUGAGGAUACCUCCAAGACUGUAUUUAUUGUCUUUUUCCAGGGUGACCGUCUUCAACAAAAGAUUAAGAAGAUCUGUGAGUCGUUCGGUGCCAACGUCUACGACUGUCCAGACACCUCAUUCGAGCGUGCCAACCUCCUCCAAAAGGUAUCGAUCCGUAUCUCUGACUUACAAGACGUCUUGAACCGUUCCAAGGAGCACAAGAAGCAAGUUUUGUUGAAUAUUGUCUCCAAGUUGGUCACCUGGAGAACUAAGGUUCUCAAGGAAAAGGCUAUCUACCACACUAUGAAUCUUUUCGAUUACGAUGUCGGUAGAAAGUGUUUGAUUGCCAAGGGUUGGUGCCCAAAGACCGCCAUCGAGGAGAUCCAAACUGCUUUGCGUACUGCCACCACUCGUUCCGGUGCUUUAGUACCAUCGGUACUCUCCAUCAUCAAGCCCGAAGAUGAGCCACCCACCUACUUUGAGACCAACAAAUACACCAACUCUUUCCAACAGAUCGUCAAUGCCUAUGGUGUUGCCAAGUAUCGUGAAGUCAAUCCAGCUGUUUUGACCAUCAUUACUUUCCCAUUCUUGUUUGGUGUUAUGUUUGGUGACGUCGGUCACGGUGUCAUGAUGUUGGCUGCCUCUGGUGCUCUCAUUGCCCUCGAGAAGAAGUUGGGUGCCAAAAAGUUGAAUGAAAUCAUUCAAAUGCCAUUCGACGGUCGUUAUGUAUUGUUCUUGAUGUCUCUCUUCUCUAUCUACAUUGGUUUCAUCUACAACGAGUGCUUCUCCAUCCCAAUGGAUCUCUUUGGAUCUGCCUGGCGUCAACCAGUCGGAAACGAAACUGAAAUGGUCUUCCUCAACAGAACCUACCCAUUCGGUGUCGAUCCAGUCUGGAAGGGAUCACCCAACGAGUUGGACUACUACAAUUCCUUCAAGAUGAAGUUGUCUGUAUUGCUCGGUGUCGUUCAAAUGACUGUCGGUAUCAUCUUUUCACUUCUCAACUACUUGAACAUGAAGGGUCCAAUGAAAUGGGUCAACAUUUUCACCCAAUUCAUUCCACAAGUCAUAUUUUUGUGGUCGAUCUUUGGUUACAUGUGCUUCUUGAUUCUCUUGAAGUGGGCUUACCCAUACCGUGCUCAUUUUGUUGAUCCACCAUUCAUCUUGCCAACCAUCAUUGCUAUGUUCUUGACACCAACUGCUGCCAUCCCAGCCGAUCAACUCUACUUUGAAGGUCAAACAACAUGUCAAAUCGUCUUGGUUUUGGCUGCACUCAUCUCUGUCCCAGUCAUGUUGAUUCCAAAGCCAUUCAUCAUGAAGAAGAUGUAUCAAAACGAACAAGCCCUCAAGGCCCACGGUCACCACCACGAGCAUGAAUUCGACGACGAAGCUUUGGAUGCCGGUGGUCACCAUGGUGAGGAAUUCGAGUUUGGUGAAGUUUUCAUCCAUCAAGUCAUUCACACUAUUGAGUUUGUACUCGGUGCCAUUUCCAACACUGCCUCUUACCUCCGUCUUUGGGCCUUGUCAUUGGCUCACUCUGAGUUGUCCACUGUAUUCUGGGAGCGUAUUCUCAUCGGUCAAAUCGAAGGUGGUAACCCAUUCUUGGCCUUUAUCGGUUUCGGUGCCUGGUUAGGUGGUACCGUUGCUGUAUUGCUUAUGAUGGAGUCACUCUCUGCUUUCCUUCAUGCACUUCGAUUAAGUAGGUUACUAAUCGUUUUUAAUCGAUAUACUAGUUUACAUUGGGUUGAGUUCCAAAAUAAGUUCUAUGCAGGUUCUGGUGUUCUCUUCAAACCAUUCUCAUACAACAAUGUUAUGACUGGUGAGGAUGAAGAAUAA